AUGUACAAACAUCGUGACCCGAUCUUCGGUCUAGAUUUGAUCCUGAAGACCGGGCUCUCAAUCAAGAACAACAGCUUCAACGAAGAGAAUUUCGCCCGAUUCGAUCUGUACGGACCGACAUUCCAAGGAAUUGCAUGGGCAACCCAGUGCAUAAAUUCGAUCGAACCAAAAAACCUCGCUUCAGUCCUCGGCGGAAGUGAUUGGGGAGUUCAGGAGAUGCGACUGCCCACCUGGGCGCCAUUCUGUGGAGCAGGUUUUCUGACAACUGACGGGGAGGAGGCGAAAUGGAAGCGUUCAUUGCUGAAACCUUUCUUCCAUUCAAGCAAUAUCUCGGACCUGUCGUUGAUGCACGCUGGUCUGUACCAGAUGAUGCGCAUGUUCCCAAAGGAUGACACCGCAUUCGAUUUACAGCCCUUGGUAUUCGAUCUGUAUCUGGACUUGAGCACCUCAUUCCUCUUUGGCGAGCCCAUUGGAGCACUGUCCGGCAAGUGUCCACAACACGCCAAGGGGUUUGUCGAUGCAUUCCAAGCUGGAAUCGCCGGUUGUGGUCUACGAAUGGCUGUCGGCCCCUUGAGACAUCUCAUACCAAACAGAUCAUGGUUCGAGGCAUGCAAAAAGAGCCAUCAAUUUGCUGACUACUACGUGGAUCGCGCACUGGAGCAUCGAGCUCGCUACCUUGCAAAACAGAAGGAGGCCGAUCCAGGGGAUGGAACACUGACGAAACCGCGCACGCUGUUGAUCAAGAUGGCUGAAGUCACCGGCGACAGGAAGUUGCUUCGUGACCAGAUCGUCCAAGCCAUGAUGGGAUCCCAAGACACUACAAGCGUCCUUAUAUGUAACGUUGUGCACCUGCUAUCACGCCACAAGGAUAUCCAGCGUCAACUUCAGACCGAGAUCAUAUCCCUAGGUACCAAAGAUCCCUCGUUCGAAAACCUUGGCCGCAUGCGAUACCUCCAAGCCAUUCUUAAUGAGACCCUGCGCCUCCAUCCUGUCUUCCCACACAUCGCCCGUGUUGCUAUGAAAGACACCAUUCUCCCCAGUGGCGGCGGCUCCGAUGGCAAAUCCCCAAUUUUCUGUCCCGCAGGCUCACUGUUCCGCACCUCGAUCUAUACCCUGCACCGCCAAACCCGUACCUACGGUCCGGACGCCCACGAAUUUAAGCCCGAGCGCUGGCUAGACAAGAGUUUCAUGCCCGGUACGUAUGAGUACGUGCCAUUCGGCGUUGGUAGGCGAUCGUGUCUUGGAAAGCACAAGGCCAUGAUGGAAUCCUCGUAUAUGAUUGUGAGGCUGUUCCAGCAAUGUCAUCAUGGAAUGCGGGUGAACUGA